AUGACUAGGCUUUUAGAGAAGGAUGUACCUUUUGUCUUCGACGAGGAGUGCAUCAAGGCGUUUGACUUCUUGAAAGAAAAACUUGUUAGUGCCCCGAUACUUGUUUCGCCCAAUUGGAGCUUACCUUUCGAGUUCAUGUGUGACGCAAGCGAUUAUGCCGUAGGUGCGGUCCUAGGUCAAAGAGUCGAUAAAUACUUUCAUCCGAUCUACUACGCGAGCAAAACUCUAAACGAUGCUCAAGAGAACUAUACCACGACGGAAAAGGAACUCUUAGCCAUAGUGUUUGCGUUUGACAAGUUUCGCUCAUAUCUCGUGCUUUCUAAAACCACCGUGUUCACCGACCAUUCCGCUUUGCGAUUUCUGUUUCAAAAGAAAGACGCAAAGCCGCGUCUUAUUAGAUGGAUUCUUUUGCUCUCCGAGUUCGAUAUAGAAAUUAAGGAUAAAAAGGGAGCAGAAAACGUGGCCGCCGACCACUUGUCACGAUUAGAGGAUCCAAAGAGAGAGGAGGUUCGUGAGGAUUCCAUAGGAGAUACCUUUCCCCACGAAACCAUAGAUUUUGUUAGUGCCGAGGUAGAGGGUUUGCCAUGGUUUUCGGAUUUGGCAAACUAUUUGGCAACCGGAGAUCUUGUGAGGGCACUUGCACGCUACGGUGUCACUCAUCGUCUUUCUACCGCAUACCACCCGCAAACUAGUGGCCAAGUAGAGAAUGCUAACCGAGGGAUGAAGAAAAUCUUAGAGAAAACGGUAGGAAAAAGUAGAAAGGAUUGGUCGGAAAAGCUCGACGACGCUUUGUGGGCAUUCCGUACCGCCUAUAAGACACCGUUAGGCACAACACCCUUUAUGAUCGUGUAUGGCAAAGCUUGCCAUCUUCCGGUAGAAUUAGAGCAUAGGGCGUUGUGGGCAUUAAAAACCGUAAACCUUGACCUUACCGAAGCCGCAAGGAGGAGAUUCUUCCAGAUUCAUGAGUUGGAAGCAUUGAGAGAUGCCGCUUAUGAAAGAUCAUGGAGUAUCAAGGAGAAAACUAAGGCAUUGCAUGAUAGGCGGUUGAGAGGGUUGAAAGAUUUUAAGGUAGGUGAUAAAGUACUUUUGUUCAACUCACGGUUGAAAUUGAUAGCAGGAAAAUUGAAAUCGAGGUGGAGUGGCCCGUAUGUGGUGAAAGAAGUGUUUCCAUACGGCACGGUUGAGCUAUACGAUGAGGUCGACAAAGGUGUGUGGAAGGUAAACGGCCAUAGACUGAAACAUUACUUGGAAGGUCCUAUUGAUACUACUGAAGAGGAAGAAAUUCCUCUAGAGGACCCACCUACCUUUGCCGAACAGUGA